AUGGACCGCAGCAAUGGCAACGGCGGCGCCGGCGUGAGGAACGGGGCGAGGCUGGAGCUGCAGCUGAACCUGUCGCCGCCGGUGGGGAUGGAGGUGGACGGCCAUAACGACAGCGGGUCGUCGUCGCCAAGCUCCUGCGUGUCGUCAGACGGCAGCCCUGGAAGCAAGUCGCCGAUGGUGAUCGGGGCCUGCACCCGGUGCCUCAUGUACUGCAUGGUGGCCAAGAAGGAUUACCCCACCUGCAUCAACUGCAAGCAGCCCUGCCUCGUGGACCUGCUGCAGAACGGCGGCGCCGGCGCGGGCGCCUCCGGGGACGGCGACAAGAAGCGCGGCAAGCGCAAGUGA